ACAUCAAAACACGAUUCCCUCUAUGGAGGCUUCCAGCGCAAGGCCAACAAAGCGCUGCCUAACGACGCCAAUCUCGACAUUAAGGAGCCCAUCAAAGAGUGUAUAACGCGCUGGAACAGUUACUGUAGUUGCCUUGAGCGUGGUGUUGAGCAGAAGCUCGCAAUGGACUUGUACGUU